AUGUCUAAAGGCAUCAACAACGUGAAAGGCUUUACCAGGCAUCAUUGCCUAUACCACGGGUGCAAGAAGCGCUUUUCCGGUGUGACGAGAAACAACAACGGGAAGCCCGAGAAGCCCGAGCAGAGAAGGACAGCAAAGAGAAGGACAUUUGCUCAACUAUCGCGGACUUACAACGCUCGGCAAGCCUACAGCUCAUGCAAUCGUGGGAGGAAGAAGGGCCGUCGAUGGGUAGAUUUACCUCCAGCACAAAAUCAGAGGUCACGAUCCAGAUAA